UGAUCGACGGCUCUGGAAGCAUUAACCCAAAUGAAUUUAAACAGAUGAAGGACUUCGUCAGAGCUGUGAUGGACCACUUCAAGGGCACAAAUACCCUGUUCUCAUUGUUGCAGUACUCAAACCUGUUGAAGAUCCAUUUCACCUUCACUGAGUUCCAGAAUAGCGCAAGCCCUCAGAACCUGGUGGAUCCCAUCAACCAGCUGAAUGGCCUGACAUACACGGCCACAGGCAUCCAGAAAGUGGUGACAGAGCUAUUUCAUAGUGAUAAUGGAGCCCGUGAACGUGCCAAGAAGAUCCUCAUUGUUAUCACUGAUGGGCAGAAGUACAAAGAUCCCCUGGAAUACAGCGCUGUCAUCCCCCAGGCAGAGAGAGCUGGCAUCAUCCGCUAUGCCAUUGGGGUGGGACAUGCUUUCCAGGAACCCACCGCCAGGCAGGAGCUGGACACCAUUGGCUCAGCGCCUCCACAGGACCAUGUGUUCAUGGUGAACAACUUUGCAGCACUUGGCAGCAUCCAGAAGAAUCUACAGGAGAAGAUCUUUGCGGUUGAGGGAACCCAAUCAAAGACGAGUAGCUCCUUUCAGCAUGAGAUGUCCCAAGAAGGCUUCAGUUCAGUAUUCACAAUGAAUAGACCAGUUCUGGGGGCUGUGGGGAGCUUCAGCUGGUCUGGAGGUGCCUUCCUGUACCCCCCAAAUAUGAACCCCACCUUCAUCAAUAUGUCUCAGGAGAAUGUGGACAUGAGGGACUCUUACCUGGGUUACUCCACUGAGCUGGCCCUGUGGAAAGGGGUGCAGAGCCUGGUCCUGGGGGCUCCCCGCCAUCAGCACACCGGGAAAGUUGUCAUCUUCACCGAGGCAGCCAGGCAGUGGAGGCCAAAGGCAGAAGUCACAGGGACCCAGAUUGGCUCCUACUUUGGGGCCUCCCUCUGCUCAGUGGAUGUGGACAGAGAUGGCAGCACUGACCUGGUCCUCAUUGGGGCCCCCCAUUACUACGAGCAGACCGGUGGGGGCCAGGUGUCUGUGUGUCCCUUGCCUCAGGGGAGCAGGUGGCAGUGUGAGGUCAUUCUCCGUGGGGAGCAGGGCCAUCCCUGGGGCCGCUUUGGGGCAGCUCUGACAGUGCUGGGGGAUGUGAAUGGGGACAAGCUAACAGAUGUGGCCAUUGGGGCCCCAGGAGAGCAGGAGAACCAGGGUGCCGUCUACCUAUUUCAUGGAGCCUCUGGACCCAGCAUCAGCCCCUCCCACAGCCAGCGGAUCACAGGCUCCCAGCUCUCCUCCAGGCUUCAGUAUUUUGGACAGUCACUGAGCGGGGGCCAGGACCUCACCCAGGAUGGACUGGUGGACCUGGCUGUGGGCGCCCAAGGCCACGUGCUGUUGCUCAGGAGCCUACCCAUGCUGACAGUGGGGGUAACCAUGAGAUUCACCCCUGUGGAGGUGCCAAGGGCUGUAUACCAAUGCUUGGAAGAAGUGCCCACCACCCUGGAAGCUGGGAAGGCCACAGUCUGUCUCAUUAUUCACAAAAGCUCACUGGACCACUUAGGUGAUCUUCAAAGCUCUGUCAAGUAUGAUCUGGUAUUGGACCCAGGACGCCUGAUUUCUCGGGCCAUUUUUGAUGAGACCAAAAACUGGACUUUGACUCGAAGAAAAACCUUGGGGCUGGGGGAUCACUGUGAAACCAUAAAGCUGCUUUUGACAGACUGCGUGGAGGAUGUGAUAAGCCCCAUCAUCCUGCGCCUCAACUUCUCCCUGGUGGGAGAGCCCAUCCCCUCAUUCCGGAACCUUCGCCCUGUGCUGGCUGUGGGCACACAGGACCUCUUCAUGGCUUCUCUCCCCUUUGAGAAGAACUGUGGACAAGAUCGCAUCUGUGAGGGGGACCUGAGUGUCAGCCUCAGCUUCUCCGGCCUGAAGACCCUGGUAGUGGGGAGCUCCCUGGAACUCAAUGUGACAGUGACUGUGUGCAAUGAGGGUGAGGAUUCCUAUGGAACUGUGAUCAACUUCUACUACCCAACGGGGCUGUCCUAUCGAUGGGUGUCAGGAACCCAGAAGCAACCUCAUCAGCGCCCACUGCGCCUGGCAUGUGAGGCAGUGCCCACUGGAAAUGAGGGUCUGAGGAGCAGCAGCUGUAGCAUCAACCACCCCAUCUUCCGAGAGGGAUCUCAGGGAACCUUCAUAGUCACAUUUGACGUCUCCUACAAGGCAACCCUGGGAAACAGAAUGCUUAUGAGGGCCAAUGCAAGCAGUGAGAAUAAUAAACCUGCAAGCAGCAAGACAACCUUCCAGCUGGAGCUACCAGUGAAAUAUGCAAUCAACACAAUAAUCAGCAGGCAGGAAGAAUCCACCAAGUACUUCAACUUUUCGACUUCCGAUGAGAAGAGCAAGAAAGAGGCUGAGCAUCGAUACCGCGUGAAUAACCUGAGUCAGCGAGAUCUGGCCGUCAGCAUUCAUUUCUGGGUUCCCAUUCUGCUGAAUAGGGCGGCCGUGUGGGAUGUGACUAUCGAGGCCCCUCCACAGAGUCUCCCCUGUGUGUCAGAGAGGAAACCGCCCCAGCAUCCUGACUUCCUCACCCGGAUUCCAGGGAGUUCCACGUUGGACUGCUCCAUUGCUGACUGCCUGAGGUUCCGCUGUGACAUCCCCUCCUUCGGCAUCCAGGAGGAACUCGACUUCAUCCUCAAGGGCAACCUCAGCUUUGGCUGGGUCAGCCAGACAUUGCAGAAGAAGGUGUUGGUCGCGAGUGUGGCCGAAAUCACAUUCGACAGAUCUGUGUAUUCCCAGCUUCCAGGACAGGAGGCGUUUCUGAGCGCCCAGGUAAAGACGGUGCUAGAGGAGUAUGAGGUGCACAACCCCAUCCCCCUCAUAGUGGGCAGCUCUGUGGGAGGUCUGCUGCUGCUGGCUCUCAUCACAGCUACACUGUACAAACUUGGCUUCUUCAAACGACAGUACAAAGAAAUGUUGGGUGACAAGCCUGAAGACACUACCACUUUCAGUGAGAAGGAUUUCAGCUGUGAGACUUAAAAUUUGCCUUUGUCCCAAUUAUCCACUUUCCUGUUCAUCUCUACCCCACGCACUGGCCUUGCCUCCACCUGUAAAUCUACUUCUUCUGUGCAAACAAUUUCUGCAUAGAUCAUGGCCUGGCCUGAACAGCCUAUCAGGUGCUAAGCCAGCUUUGCAAAGGGGUAGAGAUUUCUUUGUUUUUACAUGUCUAUUCAGCUUCUUCAGUAAUGACCCACCUUUUACAGAAGCAAGCGUGA